AUGCUCUCUCAACGCGUUACUCGCGCCGCGGCUGGUGCUGUCAGGAAAGCACCGACGGCCAAGACAUUUGCGACUUCAGUUGCGACCCGGAGCGACCGUGCGCCCUCUCUGGGCGACAUUCAGCCAGACCAGCACGAGGCCUUCAACAGCCGGCAGAAGACGUUCCGGUCGCAGCUUGUGGAGGCGCAGAAGCAACGGGAAGCCAGUGGGUUUGCCUCAUCCCGCGCCCCUUCAUCUUCUAGCUCCCCCUCUUCCACGGCUCAGGGCCUUGGAUCACUGAGCUCUACGGCGAGCGAUACAGGAAGCGCAGCACGUGCUGCCGAGCAUGAGCCCCCUCGCAAGGCCGGGCCGUUGACAAACCUCAUCUACGGCACCAAGGAAGGCCGCGAGCUGGACGCUCAGAUCGAGGCCAGCUUCAGCCAGGUGCUCGCGCGCGGCAAGUACGUGCACUCGAUCGAGUUCCACGAAGUGAAGCCCCAGUGCGUCGACCAGUACGUCGAGCUCGUCGGCAGCUGGUAUCCUCGGGUUGCAAGCUCGCCGGAGAAUAAGGUCCAUCUGGUGGGGAGCUGGCGGACCGAGGUGGGCGACUGCGACACAUUUGUCCACAUUUGGGAGUACCAACGCUACCAAGGCUUCCACGCCUCGCUCAACACCAUCUCCAACAACCCGCAGUUCCCCGACUUCGACAGGAAGCUGCGCAGCCUGAUCCGCAGCAAGCGCACCUCGCUCAUGCAAGAGUUCAGCUUCUGGCCGACGACGCCGCCGCGCAAGCUGGGUGGCCUCUUCGAGCUGCGGUCGUACACGCUGCACCCGGGCAACCUGCUCGAGUGGGAGACGCACUGGCGGCGCGGGCUCAAGGCGCGGCGCGAGGUGAUGGAGGGCGUGGGCGCCUGGUUCGUGCAGAUCGGCGACCUCAAUACGGUGCACCACCUGUGGCAGUUUGCCGACCUCGAGGAGCGCAAGAUCCGCCGCGAGAAGAGCUGGGGCAUCGAGGGCUGGGCCGAGACGGUGCACAAGACGGUGCCGCUGAUCCAGGAGAUGAAGAGCCGGAUUCUGGUGCCCAUGCCAUGGUCGCCCGUUGCUUAG